UUCUUCCGUACCUGGUUCCCGUUCCAAACGCACCGCGUACGUUCUUCUCUCAGUGGGUCAAUUGGACGUCGACGUCGCGGGCAACAGGUGCCGAGGCGAUGCCCUCCGCCGCGCUAAGAUGAAAGUGUACCAUGUGCAGAUAUUCGAUGUUUUGCGAUAGAGGUGUUGCGCAAAUAAUUAUUUGGUUGUGGAGGUGAUUUGUACUUUUGGUUACGAGAGUGCUGUUUCUUCGUCAGCGAUAUGCAUCUUGGUACUGUUUGUGUCAGUACUGUGAGCAGUCGGCCACGCACCUGGUCGUCUUACUCAAACAUACGUGCCAAAGAUGUUGACGAGAUUAUCACGAUGAACAGUACCGAGGAGAUAUCCAGAUACACUGAAGAACCCGCCAAUUUUUACUCGCCGACGCUUCAGCGCAGGACGCUCGGCUACAGCUACGACUUCCCCGAAAAGGAUGCGAAGAAAGACAAGAAGUGGUCCAUAGGCAGUCUCUUCAGACGGAAGAAGCGCGACGAUAGCGCCAGUUCCAGUGAUGAGGAGCAGAAGAAAGGAUUUUUGGGACGCAGGCGCAAGAAGUCGGAUGGUAAAAGAAAAAAGCCGCCGAAACCUAUUGGUACGUUUGACCAUGUGGUCAUCCAGCCAGGCCAAAGGACUUCGAUUGCCUUCAAUGGGCAUGAGCCCUACGAGGAUACUGGAAUCUUGUCGGAUCCCACUGGAGGUUUCUCUAAUUAUAUAGGUAGGGCGUUACCUAAAAUACCAGUCGAGAUCGGCAACAAGGAAAAUAAUAAUGUUACCAAUAAUAGAGAGGCUGCGCACGACAUGAGCCAUUCAAGGCUUAGUGUGGGAUCUGGUUCGGCUGAUAGUUUGAACAGGAAGAGCCGCAGGGAGUUGACCAAAGCCAGGGCAGUUGCUAGGAGAACUUUAAGAGGAGACAACAGCAGCUCUGAUGAGGAUUCCCAGCGGUCUAAUUCAUCUUUACGAAUUCGCAGUGAGGAAAAUCUUAAGCAAAGGGACUCCUCAGCUACCAGAAGGUCCCGGGCAGCUAGAACAGAAAGGUAUUUGAAGAGACAUUCUAGAGAUGGGGAGAAUCCGCAUAACUAUCUUAGAAUACCUAGAUCGGAUGCAGACAACAAUUCAAAUAGUUGGAGGAAUUCUGAUGACAGCAAUCGUUCGCCUAGUCGGAGUCCAAUCUCUCCGAAUGCUAACAAGUCGUAUGUCAGCUCCAACUCCCAGUCUAGUAGUAUUACAGGACUGUCAACUAUUCCUCCUAGUCAUUCCCAGUAUGGGAAAUAUAAAAUUAGCAAUUCUACCAGUAAUCCGUCGUACAAACCUCCAUUGUCGAUGAAUGAAUACAACAGCAUUACCAAAAAACUGAACGAGUCGUACAAUAAUCAGUUCAACAACAACCAACGUUCCGUAUCUUGUGAGGAAAAUAUCAACAAAAAAUCUUCAAUUGAUAUAGCCUCAGAAAUAUUACAUGUCCAGUUCCCAAUCAUAAGACCCAACAACAGGUACAGGAACCUAAGCUUGAUCGAUCCAUCUCUGAUAAACAAAGCUAGACAACCACCGGCCCCUCCUCCAAGAGAUCCCAACAGACUAGUCACUGCAACAUACGGAGAAAAUACCAGACCUACAACCUAUUACUUGGAUAACAGCAGAUCGAGAUCAUUUAAUGUUCAUUCGAACGUUGACAUGACUAUUCCUACGAAGAAAUACAACUCGUUCAAUUUGCAUACAAAUAACAGAUCGGUUUCUGAGGAUUACCUGCCCAACCCUUCGCCACAUAUCACUUCUAGACCACUGUCAACCACACCCUUGGCCACCAAAAGAAACCAGCAGCAGAACGAUCAAUUUAACUACUUAACUGAUAAAAAGCCACGCAGCAGGAAGCCAAUAUUUAUUCAGAGUAGCGAGAAUGUCCAAAAUGAUAAUCCAGAGAAGCAGUCCGGCACUCAAAAGGCGUUAGACUUUUGGAAGCAGCGUGACAGGGAGAACUUGACAAACAUGCGCAAGAGCGGAAUAAAGUCUCGAUCGACAAGUCCUCAAAUGUUCACAGCACAAACCCACGUGCACAACCAAAUAUUUUUACCCAGUGUAAUUCAAAAAGAUUCUACUCCGGCCCCAAUCACUUCGUCGUUACGUGUAACAAGUCCAUUUAAGCCCGUGUCACCCACUUUACGUCAGAAUGAAUGUGUGCACAAAAUGAAUCAAAUCAAUAGUGCCAAACCCGAGAAAGUGGAAGAUGAUUCGACUGGAAAGUCAACCAACUUGGAGGACGCGCUCGACGAGUUGGAGGCAAUUUACAACAGUUUGAGGCUCGGUGAUGAGGAUUUGUUGGAAAGGGCUGAGCAAAGAGAACGAGAUGCGGUGGCACAAAAAUUGUCUCAAACCAAUUUGGAACCGUAUCCGAAUUGGAAUCCCAACAGAGGUCACUUGAGCGAUUCAAGUUACAACUACGAACCGUUCGAUUCAAUCGACUCACCCAGGCGAAAGAAAAUAGCUAAGAAAAACCGACAAUUUGACAGAAAAGCCGACGACAUGGCUUACAGGAAAAUCAACAAAGACCGUUCUCACACCAUUAGUGAUCCUCAGUCAAUAACUUCGAGGAUAAGUUACCUUAUGACUUCGCCAGUUCACGGAGUCAAUCCGGAAAUUGAACAGCUUCAAGAGCGUCAAGGCAAUGAACCUGAUAUCACAAGGGACGACGUGGUUUACAGAAACGUGAAGCAUGCCAAUCAAAGUCUAAAGAUUUUGGAUCCUCAGCCUCCGUUUGGCAUUCCUGUUGGUCCCAUAACUCCCGCCGCCAACAGUGAUUACUUGCAUGCUGUCCCCGACAAUAUAGAAAGACCAGUUUAUAAACCUCGAAAGAUUCCCGACAUUGUGAAGGACGAUUUGGCUUUCCGUAAUCUGCGUAAGGACUCCAACAAGGAGCCAGCUUUGCCCCUUUUGUCCCCCGAGGACUUUAAAAACAACAACAGUCCUCUGGACAACAAGAUUGACUACUUCAAAAAGCGACGGGCAGUCAGAUCUUUGUCGGCCAACAUUGGCAGCUUGAUUUCCAAAGAGGUGAUUGAAAAGGCGAAGAAGAGAAAUGAGCCAAAGGAGGAUGUGGAGAAUGAGUUCAAUUCUUUGACUGACAUUGCUGAUGCUAUGGAAAUAGCCAGACAAGUUCUCAGAGAAAAGGAUAUGAAAAUCAGCAACACAAGGAAGGCGUUUAUGAGUGAUACCGAUACACAAUAUAUGAAAAAUAAAUACAAACGAUCGGAUCAGAUUUCUGAAAAUAGGGCGAAAUUUCUAAAUGGGUUGAAGGAUUGUUCUAACAACACUGGACAUGAUUUAAGCGGUUCCUUAAGCAAGCCAAAAUUGUCCAGAGAAGUCAAAGAAUCCACUCCUAUACCAAAAUCACCGUUGGAGAAGGAGUCAGAUUCUACAAAUUCUUCUUUGGACGAACUUCUACAAACGUUGGCACAAGAAGCUAAAGAAACAUCUCAGAGAAUUAAUAGUGAGUUAAUGUCGUUUAAUGACGUUAAGGCGGUUGAAAAUGACACUAAGAAGCAGAGUGACUUGGAUCAAAAGUUAGCAGAAAUUGAUUCAGUAUCUGAACACGCAAAGUUGUGUGAAAAACUGUUGGAAUGCAGCAUGGAAAGUCCAGAAUUGGCUCGUGUCAAUUCACCAGUUACUGAGAAAACAGCUUCUCCGGUAAUGAUAGAAUCUGUGGCGAACAUUGUUUUAAAGAAAGACAACGAGAAGAAUAAAGUGAAGGAGGUCACACCUGAGUCGGAUCAUGACUAUGAAAACUUACAAUCAGAGGAAGAUCUAAUACCAACUGUUGUAAACAUGGGUGACGAAGCUGAAGAGAAGUGCACCUCUCCGUUUGAGGAACACAAGGCAGAAUUGGUGGCUAGUUUCCAGGAACUGAAGGACAACAUGAAAGAUAUCGAGCUUCCAAAGCCGAUACAAGAGAUAACAAUAACAAGCAAGAAAAGGGAAACACCCAAGGAUCAAGACAAAAAAGAGUCGUCUUCUAAGACUGACUCGGUCUACGACAAUCUAAGUGACGACAACAACAAAAUCGAGGCAUCGGUUACAGGUAAACUGUAAUCUGCUGUCUCAACCUCCUAAGUACUCCCCCACAAUCCGGCAACCGACUACAGGUAACUGCCAACAUUUCUCUGCCAGCUAACAACUACUACAUACUACUACUAUCCUCCUCCAACGAACUAUGAGCAUAUCGUACCAGUAAUUUUUUCGGAUGUUCGUGAUUUAUUGAUUAACUCGAUACUUGAUUUAAGCAUGUAUUCUUGAGUGGUUUAUCGGAUCCAGGAAAAAAUCACGUCUAAGAUAAUCUCCACUCAUUUAAAUUCUCACCUUCAAUAUUUUUCCAUUCUUCGGAAACAUUUUGUUUCUAUAUUCAACUUGUACAUUACAACAUCCCUGUAUUAAUAGGAUAUUAACUAUAAGCAAAGAGUUUCAAUAUAAAGGAUGUUUACUAAAGUAGAGUAAAUAACUGAAGAUAAUUUGCCAAAGAUUGGUAGUAAGUAGAUUUUAUGUUCUAAGUAUACAAGAGAUUCAUUUAGCAGAAUUAGUUUCGAUGGUCUCGUUAGAUUUUACGAUAAGAUGUGUUUCUUAAAUCCGAUCUUGCAUUUCUUGUUGCCGACAGUGCAAUCGAAUUUUGGCAAGUCACCCAUCUAUUUGUAUUUUGCGAGACUUGAACAGCUCUCGCAAUAUAUCCAGACAAAUUGAACGUCUUGAAAUAGCAGGCAUAUUUAUCGCAUUAAUGUAACCGGUAAGUGUACGUUACGUAUGCAUCAAAAUUAUUUUUAAACUAUUUAAAAAACUCGUUGUUUUAGCCCGCCCACUUCAAAAUUAUCCUUUGUAUUCAAAUAAAUUUAAUUAAAAUGAUGGGAAGUCCAUUAAUUAAAAGUUUACAAAACUGGCGCACCCACUGAAAAUGUUUGUUUUAGUACAUGUUAAUUGUAGUAAUUAAUUUUAUUGACAUUUUUGUUAAUUAAUAGUUUAAUUAUGUUAUGGGUACAUGCUUGAAUCAGGGUACUUCCGUAUUUUACUCACUUAUUAAAUUCGUGCAAGUGAUAACGCGUAUAGAUGAAAAGAAUACACGAGUGUAUUCGUGGUUGCAUACUCUCCAGUACCAAUUACUCUAUGUAUGUUUCUAUUUACACCACACCGAUGUUCUAUAUAUUUAUUUGAAUGUUGUAUAUAAACAAAAUAAAUUAUUUAUUUCUUA